CUUACACUGGCAAGUUGCAUUAGUUUAGCUCAGAACGUAACUCAUUAUCAGGAUCAAAGUUCCUUCUGGUCUGACGGUCGCAAGCUCGAAUUGAAUCUGUUGAUGGAAGUGUUGGACCUGAGCCCUGCAUUCCCUUCGUAUCUUGUGUCCUCCUUUCUAGAAACACGAAUUUUUAUAUUACAGCAGCGUUACAAAAAAGGGGAAAUCGUCACCAAUCCAGGCGGCAUUCGAAAGAAAUUCAAUGGUAAACAAUGGCGUCGGCUUUGUUCUAAGGAGGGUUCUCUGUGUGAAGCUGGAAGUCUUGAUUGCAUGUAUUCUCGCCCUACGGCGACAGUCGUAGACAAUUUCAGACAUCUAUUUUUUGUUUAUUUUGGCAAACACUUUACGCAUAUCCCUUUCAUACCACUUCCUUGUCGUGAUCUCGUACAACUCCCUACUUCAACUAGCCUUAAAAGCCAUAUACCCCACAAAAUCAAAUGCAUGUACCAAUUGAUCUGCACCAUGAAUUCCGUAGUUCAUUUUAAGAGGCACCUCAGAAUUAGUAUGGACUGCGCCUUUAGCGUAAGCAGCAUGCUCAAUGGAUUGUUGGAAUGA